AUGUUGCAGACUGAAGUUACAGCGUUGAAAGGUAAUCUUCAACUACAUCAAAGGCGUCUGGAUGAUUUAGAAGAUAGAAGCAGACGCCGCAAUCUUUUUAUUUUUGGUUUUCCUGAACCGCAUCGUGAAAAUGCUACAGAACUAAGAAAGGAGAUAAUCGAGGAACUGAUAGAGGAUAAACUCGGAGUGGUUGUCAACUCUGUGGAAAGAGUACAUAGGGUUGGGAAAAAAUGCCGCGAUAAAGUGCGACCGGUAAUAAUGAAUUUUUUUUACUACAACGAGAAGCUUAAAGUGUUCAAAAACUGUCACAAACUGAAAGGAACAAAAAUCUCGGUAAACCAUGACUUCUGCAAGGCCACUAUAGCAAAACACAGCAAACUCUGGUCUCAUUCCAAUGAUUUCAGGGCGCAAGGUCGCAAAGUAUCGCUUGAUUACGAUAAACUGAGAGUGGACGAUGAUAGAUACGGAUGGGAUGAGCAGAAGGAUUGCCUGAAAUGUAUCCGCCCGCAACGUAACCGCGACUGA